AUGACACCAGCAUCGUCGUCAGACGCUCAGCACAAUGUCGCCUUGAUCGGUCUCGGCACCAUUGGUAUAUCGUUCGCUGCCCUCCAUAUUAAACACACAAGUGCAAUUGUCUCUGUAUACGAUACGCGGCCUGAUCUUGAAGAGUACAUCAAUUCAGUCUUACCUGGCUACAUUGAUUCCGAAGACACUGCUCUUAGUCUCACACAACUUCGUCUCACACGCCGCUUGAAGAUUUGUUCGUCCUUGGAGGAAGCGUGCCAGAACGCUACAAUCGUGCAAGAGCAAGGGCCAGAGAACCUAUCUUUCAAACGAUCUAUCUGGCCCCAAGUGGAAAAAUUGGUUUCCGAUAAUACUCACUUAUGGAGUUCGACCUCGGGAAUCGCAGCCUCACUCCAGGUCCAGGAUAUGAAUGAUCAGACUCGACUUUUGGUUGUCCAUCCAUUUAACCCUCCUCAUGUCAUGCCACUUAUUGAGAUUGUACCUUCCCCAAUCACGAAAUCAACAGAGGUGGACUUCGCUAGACAGUAUUUCACUGAGAUGGCAUCCGGGCAUCAGCCAAUCGUCCUGAAACAGGAGAUUGCAGGCUUCGUUGGGAAUAGACUUGCAUUCGCUCUCCUUCGCGAAGCAUGCUACUUAGUUGAUCGCGAUAUUAUCAGUGCCCACGAUCUAGAUCUCCUCGUCGAAGCCAGUAUCGGCCCUAGAUGGGCUGUGCAAGGUCCUUUCAAGUCAUACAAUAUGGGUGGGGGCGCAGGCGGUAUAGCGAGCUUUUUGAAGAAUCUAUCAGGUACGAUACAGGGGGUUUGGGAUAGCAGCGUGCCAAUGAGCUUUGCGGACCCGUUAGGAGAAAGGAGUGAUGACGACGACUGGGAGGGAAAGAUUAUUGCGCAAGUGGCUGAGGCAUAUGGUAUACCAAAACCUUCUCAGUAUACGGCUCGGGAUGUGGCGCUAAAUGGAGUGUUCGAGGUGCAAAGGAAGAUGAGAGACGAUCCAGUAUAA